UUGAUAUCUGUGUGUCAGACAGUGAUUUUCCUCCUCAAUCCAAGCUGCUGUGGUGGAGCAUAUGGAGACUAACAGCAGAGAAACACUGCAGGCAGACUUUGAUACAUUUGAUAUUUCUGAAGAGCUUGGGUUUGUUCUUGAAGAGCCACUGACUCACCUUCCAGACUAUUAUCGGGUGUGGCUGGACCUGGCAAACAAUCUCACGCAUCUGAUAGAGUCACGUAAACUGCGUGAUCUGGUUCAUAAUAUGCCGGUCUUGAGUCCUGAUCUUUUGACCAACCACCGGGAGCUCAGGCUGGCUCACUUGUCACUUGGAUUCAUCAGCAUGGGAUAUGUAUGGCAGGAAGGACAACAUGCACCCGCUCAGAUUCUCCCAAAAGCCCUGGCCUGGCCGUACUGGCUGGUGUCUCGCAGGCUCGGCCUUCCUCCCAUCUUGACAUACGCAGAUUCAGUCUUAGCCAACUGGAAGUUAAGGGAUCCCACAGGGGAUAUGGAAAUUAGGAACAUGGACUUGAUAUUUUCCUUCCCUGGUGGAGAGAGUUGCCGGGGAUUUUUUCUUGUGUCAUUGCUGGUUGAGAUGGCUGCCAGUUCGGGCAUAGCGGGGGCCCUGGAGGUGAUGCACGCUGUGAAAAUCUGCGACCUCAUCAGCAUACAGAAAGGUCUCAUCAAAGUAACUCAAUCUUUGAAGAAGAUGAAGGAAACUUUCAAACUCAUGCACAAUCAUGUGGAGCCGACUGCAUUUCAUGGAACGCUGAGAAUUUUUGUCUCAGGAUGGAAAGACAAUCCAAUGCUGCCAAGAGGGCUGUUGUAUGAAGGCGUGAGCAGUGAGCCAAUUUUAUUAUCGGGUGGAAGUGCAGCCCAGAGUUCAGCCAUUCAGUGUUUUGACGCUUUGCUGUGCAUCCAGCAUGAGGAUGAGACAGGAGCCUUCCUGACACGCAUGAGGGAUUACAUGCCUCCUGCCCACCGUCAGCUGAUAGAGACUCUGUCUAUCUGUCCAUCUCUGCGAGACUUCAUCCUGUCCCGCUCCAGCUCUGACCUCUGCCAGGCCUACAACUCCUGCAUCUCUGCGCUGGUGGAUUUACGGUGCUAUCACCUCAACACUGUGACCAAGUAUGUCAUUGUGGCCGGUAACCAUGCUCGGUCCAUGGGCUGCCCGCUCAGAGGCGUGGGCACUGCGCUGAACAACACGGGGACUGGUGGAUCCAACAUCAUGGUCUUCCUCAAGAGCGUUCGUAACACAACCCAAAAAGCACUGAUCCUAGAGAGGCCAUCAACGUCAAGGGAAACUGAAAUCUAGGCAUUAGCUUCUUGAGGUUGUAUCUAUGAAAUGAAUAGUAUCAACAGAUAUCUCCACAGUAUUUCAAAUCAGAAUACUAUAUGUAUAUCUAGCUUUAAAAAAAUUUACCAAGCACUUCAAUACCUCACUGUAUUGUACUUAGAACCCGGUUUCACUCCAAGUUCGUCACAUCCUUGGCGCUAUAUUGUAUUGCUCUGGGUGCCAUUUAGUGUCAUUUUUCAGCUUGCAGGGUAGUUUGACACACCUAUAAAAAUCUAUGAAUAUCAGAAAUAGAUUCCAUGAGACGUGGCCAGAUGAUCUCUACAGGUAUUGCCACUGUCUGCCUUUUUCAGGCUAUUACCUUUAAAGGGUGUAGUUUAACCCAAGCCAUGAUCUUAUCCUAAACCUAAUCAAGCAAAACUUAACCAUGAAAACAAAGGUAAGCAGUGAAUAAAAAUGAGACUCAUGUCAUAAAACGAAGCUAAGUGAAAAACUAAUAGUCCAACAUGGAACGUGAACUUAAGUCUCCAAGGUGAAAGUCUUGUGACCGACACCACCAUAAACCCUUCAACUUCUUCAUGCAGUGCUUUCCAUUGGUGUUAAAUAUGAAUCCAAGGCGUACUGACGCUAAAGGACAUCUUGUAUCUCUAAGACCUCAGUGAAUCUUACAUAACGGCAGUAUUUGAUGCCCUCGGAAUGAGGACGAGCUGGUAUCUGUUAGAUUGAGCUUUAACAACCAUGACCCUCAGAUAAAUCUAGAAGAGCAACCUAAAACCAUCUCCCAGUGGUUUAAUUUUUCAUUUUGUUGCAGUGAUGUAAAAGUGCACUGAAGGGUGUAGUCCCUUCAUCAUAACAUCCCUAUAAUGGGUAUGGUGAAAGAGAUUGUUUGAGCCAGAGACGGCAGUGAAACGCUGCUUUUUAGCCUGAAUUUACAGUCCAGACUUCCAUAAUUUGGACCAAAAGAAAAAAAUAAUAAUAAAGUAAUGCCUGAUGAAAAUAAAAACGCUUACGAUGAGCCAAAAUGAUGACCUAUUAAAUAAAUGCAAUAAUGGUGUGAUUUGUCACUUACUAUGUUAAACAAAAAAAUGCCAACUCUUGAUUCCAUUAAUUAAAAUGCACUUUACUUUGGCAUAACACUCUAAGUAAUCAGGUGAUAAGAUGAUGUGACAGAGAGGCACUAUGUUUAAUGCUAUAUUUGAUUUAUUCUGAUUCAUUUUAUUUUAUUUAGAAAUAAUUGAGUAAUUUGGAAACUCAAAAGUAUCUAAUCACAUUUGAAUCCUAAUUCUAUUUUUGAGAAAAAUUAUUUAAAUGCAAUUUACAUGUAUUCAUGAAUUGUGUAUGUAUAUUAUUCUCUGAUAAAAUAAUGCCAACAUAAGGAGGAGAGAGAUGGAUGUUAAGAAAACAUAUAGUGCUAUAAGAAUCAAAUAAUUGAGAUCAUUGUCAAAAUAAAAGCUGACGCUAUCAGCUGAGGAGAGUGGCAGACGCUCAGUAGGGGUGAUGGGAGAGAAGAUGGAUGUUGGAUCAGGUCACUCAGCUUGAUGGAGCACAAAUCCUCCACUCUCCUCCUGGACUUGACUUGAAGGUUUGUGUGUGUCUUCUCGCUAUUGAAGACUAAUCACAUUAGAGGAGAGAAGAAGGAGCUCAGCCGCACAGCUGCUGAGCCCUUGUCAUGGUCCAGCUCUGCUUCAGUAAAGCACAAAAGACUUGAAAUGUGAAGUGUGUGACACCGGUGAAUGUAGCCCUGCCUGUUACUACACCCAGCUCUGGUGUAGUUGUCUGCUGUCACGUAGAGCUGCGAAGGGGAAGAGGCUGCUGCUCCUGCAAGUUCCUUUUAUUUCCUCCCAUUCCUUCCAGUGAAUCUUGUUGUUUAACAAGUGAUCUGUGUCAUCCUGAAAAGUCAGCUUUUUCAAAAACCCAACAUGACUCAGUUCAUAAUUUUUCUUCCAACAAAACUUAUCAUUUCUCUGAUAUGACUUCAGCAUCCGAUGGCUUGUUAUUGCUGUGUUUAUAGCAAGAAACUAACAUUUUAGGACUGAAAUUAAUGCCUCCAUGAUAAAUGAAAGAAAAUACAGUAAAAUAGUGUCCAGGUUCUGACACUUGUCAUUGGAGGAAUGUAUAAAAAUAAGACAUGUCUUCUGAUUCAUCUUAAAAAUAAGACUUUUAUAGAGAAAUUUGUAGCUUUGUGUGGUACAUCUCACCUUCUGAGGGGUUUCUUUUCCUUUCUCUCUGCUCAAAACAUGCUCAAAUUUUCAAAUAACUUGCCCUAAAUGCUAAAACAGUCCUGCUUUAUGAUACCUAAAAGAAAUACUACCAUUGGCAUGACCAUUAUUUUAGUCUGUAUAUCCCUAAACACUACAAUACCCAUGAACCUUGGUUGCUAUCACCAUGUAAAAACCACAUCAAGAAUUCAGAUGGCUUUGGGUACAGUUACAGACCGAAUAAAAGUGUAUAAAACUAAUUAGCCAACACAUUCAAUUAGUUCAACAGAUAACACUGAAAGGAAUGCUUAUUUCAAGUGAUUGAAGCAGAAAAAUGUAAAACAGUUUUCUCAACAGCAUAAUUCUUUGCUUUUACCUGCCAAUAGUGGUGCAUGUGACAAAUUUUAAGCCCAAUGACUCGAUUUUUUUCCCGCAAAUGAUCGUCUUCAUCACCUUUAUUUUUUUGAAAAAAGCCAGUAAUUAUUAUGAUUUUAGAGUGUCAUGCCAGUCAUAGCUGUUAAACUGUUUCAACUGUUUUUGGGUCUCCAAACAUUGUAAACGGGAUAUUUACUUUAUGUGCCCAUAAAAGC